AUGCCAACUCUGUUGCUCCAUUUCCUCCUUUUCUUAAUCACUACCACUGUUACUAACCUCAUCCCCGCAGUUCACAGCAACUGUAUUGAAGCCCAGCAACAAUCAUUGCUCCAUUUCAAACAAAGUCUUGAAUUUGAUUCUUCCGAAUCCUCCAAGCUUAUCACAUGGAAUUCGAGCACCGAAUGCUGUGCUUGGCUCGGUGUCACUUGCAGCACUAUUGGGAGUGUUGUUGGUCUUGACAUCAGCAACGAGUCUAUCUCAUGCAGCAUUGACAAUUCAAGCAGUCUCUUUCAACUUCAACAUCUUCAGAGCCUCAAUUUGGCCGAUAACAACUUCAAAAGCUCUUCAAUUCCAUCUGCAAUUGGAAAGCUUACAGAGUUGAGGUAUCUGAAUUUAAGUGAUGCUUUUUUUUCUGGGGUUAUUCCCAUUGAGAUUUCACGCUUAACAAGGCUGAUAACUCUUGAUCUCUCUAGUAAUUCCUACCCCUCUUUUGCUGAGAACCAGAAUUUAAGCAUGCUAAUUCAGAACCUCACAGAGCUUACAGAGUUAUAUCUUGAUUCAGUAGUGCUAUCAGGACAAGGGAGUGACUGGUGCGAAGCCAUAUCAUCUUCGCUGCCAAAUCUGAGGGUGUUGAGCUUGUCCGGUUGUCGUCUUUCAGGCCCUAUAUGUGACUCCCUUGCAAAGCUUCAAUCUCUGCAGGAGAUUGACUUGUCACUUAAUCAACUCAAUGGGAGUAUUCCUUCAUCUGUUGUUUCUCUUCCCAAACUGGAAAGAUUAACACUCUCCCACAAUCGGUUCUCGGGUCAAGUCCCUGAAUUUUCCAAUACCUCUUCGCCCUUAUUUGACACCCUUUAUUUGGAAAACAACAAUUUGGAAGGACAAAUACCAACAUCUAUCUUCAAUCUUCACGGGCUUCUGUUUCUCAAUCUUUCUUCAAACAACUUCAGUGGCUUCCCUUUUAAUGGUCCACGGCUGCCCAGAAAUCUAUCAUCGGUUAAUCUUUCCAACAAUAGCAUGUUGUUUGAUUACAAUGGCAGUAAAUCCUCCUUCCUUCAGAUUCGCCACUUGAUAUUGGCUUCUAACAAGUUGAGAGCAUUCCCAGAUUUCUUGAGAAAUCAGUCCAUAUUAUACCACUUGGACCUUUCAAACAACCAGAUUUAA